UGUAGUUCAGGGAGAUUGCUAGGAAGCCUGUGACUUAGUCGGUGUAAAUGAUUCUUCUGCACGAUUAAUAUUUUACUUUAAUCCUUUCCAACAUGGCCUUCCUUCUGCAAGCAUUUCAGAGGGCUUCUGCUGGGGCUUUCUUGUUAGCACUUUGGGGUGUGAUUGGAGGCGAGAAGCUGCUGGUUGUUCCUCAGGAUGGAAGCCACUGGCUUAGUAUGAAGGAGAUAGUUGAGCUUCUCAGCGAGAGGGGACACGACAUUGUGGUGUUGGUGCCGGAAGUCAAUUUGCUUCUGAGGGAAUCCAAAUACUACACGAGAAAACUCUAUCCAGUGCCGUACCCCCAGAAAGAGCUGAAGGACCGUUUCUACUCUUUUGGUAACAGCCACUUUAUUGAGAGAUCUUUCCUGAGUGCUCCUCAGGCAGAGUAUAGGAAUAUAAAGAUUAUUGGUGACAUGUACUUCACCAACUGCCAGAGCCUCCUGAAGAACUCGGAAACCCUGCAAUUCCUCAGGGAGAGUAAGUUCGAUGCCCUUUUCACAGACCCGGCCUUGAUCUGUGCCGUGAUCCUGGCUGAGUACCUGGGCCUGCCCUCUGUGUACCUCUUCCGGGGCUUCCCUUAUGUCCUGGAGUACGCGAUCAGUGGAAGCCCAAACCCCGUGUCCUACAUUCCCAGGUACUAUACUCAGUUUUCCAGUAAGAUGACUUUCUGCCAAAGGGUGGCCAACUUCCUCGUUAAUUUGUUGGAGACCCCUCUAUUUUACCUUCUGUUUUUGAGGUACCAAGACCUUGCCUCAAAUCUCCUCAAGAGAGAUGUGGACUUAGUCACAUUAUAUCAGAAUGUCUCCAUAUGUCUGUUAAGAUACGAUUUUGUAUUUGAGUACCCCAGGCCAGUCAUGCCCAACAUGGUCUUCGUUGGAGGGACCAACUGCAAGAAGAGGGGACGCCUAGCUCAGGUUGGUGGUUUUUCCUAUUUUUGAUUACCCUGUUUCUUAGAAAGUAGAAAGAAAUCAUUCAUAUGUGCUCUGUUUCCCCUUACUCAGUCAGCUCUCCAGCCCAUCUGGGGGGCUGCCUGAAGAAAUGGCGGUCUUCUUUUCGACAAACGGGAAAGGGGCUCGAGAUGGGGAGUGGUAUGAUAUCUAUGGCUGAGAUGAUGCAGAGGAUUUGAAUGAAGACAGGCCUGAUGUUGGGUUAUCUGGGAAGAGACUCAGAGUCACAGAAUGAGCCUUUCAUCCUGUUGAGGAGAUAGAGGAGAAGGCUUGCCCAAGGGGCCAAGAGCUGGGAGGACAGAGCAAGUUAAAACCCAUUCUUGCAACUCUGUCCCAUGGAUUUUCCCUGGGCCCUAAGCCAGGAAUCAACAAACUACAGCCUGUGGGCCAAAUCUGGCCAGAGGCCUGGUUUGAAUGACCCAGAUCUAAGAAUGGUUUUUACAUUUUUAAAGGGAUGUUAAGCAACAACCACAAACUAUAUGACAGAGACGAAUGUGGUCUGCAACACCUGCAUAGUUAUUAUUUGGCUCUUUGGAGAAAAAGUUUGCUGACCCCUGACCUAGAGUUCCCAGAGUAACUUUGGAAGAUGAAAAUCUGUGUGUGUAUUUGAAUAUUUACAAUUAUGAAAGCUUCAGACCACUCCCUGUCUUUAAUGCCAGAAUUCUCUUUUUUGAUACAUUUUUUACCACAGAAAAAGCCUCAGAUAGGCUCCAAACACCAUGAACAGUCUUUUUUAACACCUGCUAAUUUGUUUGUUAACAAGCUGGACAAUUGGCUGGAACUACUCUAUAAAGAGAGGGGCAGAGAUAAUGAGCAGAACUGGACUGGUUCCAAGAAGCAAGGGGUGUGAAAUAGAAGUAUCCUAUGUCAGGAAAGGAAGGAGCCCUGGUCUUGCAGUGGUUAGGCACUUGACUGCUAAGUGAAAGAUUGGCAAUUGGAACCCACCUGUUGCUCUGUAGUCUUGGAAACUCUAUGGGACAGUUCCACUCUGUCCUGUGUGUAAGCUCUGAGAUGGAAUUGACUCAAUGAGAAUAGGUUUGGUUUUGGGUUUGUCAGAAAAAUUCAGUUAAAGAAGUUAAAAAGCGGAAGUGUCAUAAGAAACAUUUUACAUUAGAAGGAAAGAAAUAUCAUUUCUGGUACCUUGGUACCAUUCAUCUUAUUUUUGAAAACAAAAGAAAAAAGCCCUGCUCGGUAAUGAAUGUCUUUGUGAGAUUAAAAUCCCUAUUAUAUCUUGUUAAUUAAGAGAAAUCAUCUUCAACACUUAUGAGAUAUCUAUCUAUCUAUACCUAUAUCUACUGGAAACCCUGGUGGCAUAGUGGCUAAGAGCUACAUCUGCUAGCCAAAAGGUCAGUAGUUCGAAUACACCACGCACUCCUUGGGAACUCUAUGUGGCAGUUCUAGUCUGUACUAUAGGGUCGCUAUGAAUUGGAAUUGACUCGACAGCAACAGGUUAUGUCUACUCUAUCUCUGUGUCUAUAUAUACAGUUGAUGUUCAUUACUCACAGAUUUCAUAUUUGAAAAUUUACCUACCAGCUAAAAUAUAUUCAUAACCCCCAAGUGAAUUUUCUUGCCACCUUUGUGGUCAUUUGCAGAUGUGCCCAGCGUGGUGAAAACUUUGAAUUACCUGAUGUGCACAUUCCCAGCCAAUGACAAAGUGACGCUCUCCUUUUUUUUUCCCAACCCUCCUCCUGUAAACAA